AAGACGAAGAAGAAAGAAGAAGAAGAAGGAGUGAAGGGUGGUUGCACGUCGCACCUGAUUUUAACGCAGGAAUCUUUCUAACUUCAAAAUAAAUCCUUCAGCCCGGAAUUUUAUCUCGAAGCAGGCGCAAAGCUUCCUCCUCCUCGCCGACUUCCCUGUAUUAUGGCCGGCAGCGCCACCGAGACAGUGUACAGUAUCUUCCAAAGCAUGGACAAGGGACCCGCAGCAACUCCCAGCGCUGCAACAGCGCAGGCCUGGCUCGACCAUCAUUCCCGCUCUCUGGGUCUUUUCAUCGAUGGAAAGUUUGUCCGUCCAGCAGAAAGACAGAGCCGCUCCCUGGUUGAUGCUAAAGGUGCGACCGUGUGCACCACAACAUGCGCCGAGGACGACGACGUUUCCCAGUGCGCCUCCUCCGCCGUUAGCGGCUACCAGAAAUGGAGCGGCCUGAGCUGCUGCCAGAGAUCCAAAGUGCUGCUCAGGUCGGUGAGCGUCCUCGGGCAGCACGGCCAGUGUUUGUCGGAGCUGUGCGAUCUGUGCGAGGCCGCCUGCUCCACCUCCGCCCUGGUCAGGCUGCUGCAGUUCUACGGCGGCUGGGCCGAGCUCAGAGACACGCUCCUCGCUGAGUGGAUGCCGCUGGGUGUGGUGGCAGUAGUUACCUCUGAUGACUGCUCCCUCUAUAACCUCAUGCUCAAAGUCCUCCCAGCUCUGGCCAUGGGUAACUCUGUGAUCGUGGUCCCUGGUCGAAGCUCCGCCCCCCCAGCGCUCCUGUUGUCCCAGCUUCUCACCGGAGCUGGACUUCCUGCUGGAGCUCUCAACGUUUUAACAGGAAGUGACGUGACGCUUGCCGCUAAAGUGGCCAAGAACUCCAGCGUCAGCUACGUCACCUACAGCGGCAACAAGCAGGAUGGGGUGACGCUGUGUAAGGCGACAGCGGGGGCGGGCGUCCCCGUGUCCGUGUCCUCGUGCGUGGGCGCGACGUGUCCGUUCAUCAUCUUCGAAUCGGCUGAUAUUGACAGCGCCAUAGAAGAAGUGAUGGACGCCGCCUUCAAGAAGAGGAAAGAGGUCCACUGGGUGUUGUGCGUUCAGGAGAGCGUGCUGGACGCCGUCGUGGCCCGACUCAAGCUGCGUAUGCCGGGGAGGAAGUGUGUCUCGCUGUCCAGUGAUGCAGACCGGGUCCUGGUGGACGCUGCAGUACAGGAGGCUCAGCAGCAGGGGGCCACGUUGAUUCAGUCCUGCUCCGUCCCGUCUUCAGGUGCUCUGUACCCUCCCACGGUUCUCUGUGGGGCGGCCCCGUCCUCGUCCUUCGUCGUCAGCCCCCCUCCUGGACCCCUGCUGCCUCUCAUGGCCUUCAGGAGCAACACAGAAGCAGUGGCCCUCGGGAAUCACAGUCCGUAUGGCCAGGCAGCGUCUAUCUGGACUGAAGACCUCACCCUGGCUCUGGAGACAGCCAAGAGCCUGUCGGUCGGCUCAGUUUGGGUGAACUCUCACUCCGUGUCCGACCCCUGUCUCCCAGCCUGCGGUCACAAAGACAGCGGCACCUGCACUGACGGAGGCCAGGAGGGUCUUUACCAUUUUCUGCGGCCGUCAUCUUCUACAGCUUCUCCUCUUCCUCGCGCCUCACCUCUCUCUAUGGACUACUCAACAUUUGGAACAACUGCACCUACAGUUAUUAUCCCCGAAGAUCCAAACUCUGCUAGCUCUCCUCGGUCCUACCUUCAGUUUGUCGGCGGUAAGACGUGCAAGUCGGUGUCCGGCGGCAGUGUGACGGUGCAGCCACCAGGGGGCGACGGCGUGUUGGCCUAUUGUCCAGACGGAGGACGGAAAGAUGUCCGUAACGCCGUGGAGGCUGCUAUCAAAGUCCAACCCGGCUGGAUGAAAAAGACCCCGACUGCACGCGCUCAGUCUCUUUACUCUCUGGCUAAGGGCCUUGAGGCAAAGAGGAAGGACGUAGCGGCGUCCAUUAACGUCCAGACCGGCGCGUCCAUGGAGGACGCUGACAAGGAGGUGGAGCUCAGCGUGGCCAGGCUCAGUGUUUGGGCAGCUUACUGCGACAAGAUCCAGGGAGGAUCUCUGCCCAUGCCAAAGUCCGGCUCGGCCCUCUCCGUCCCUGAGGCUCUGGGAGUCGUGGGGGUGGUGCUACCUGACAAGAAUCCCCUCCUCUCCAUGGUAACGCUCCUUGGGGCGACCAUCGCCACGGGCAACGCUGUCAUCCUGGUCCCCAGUCAGAAGUACCCACUGCCGGCGUUGACGUUUAUUCAGGUGCUCCAGUCGUCAGACCUGCCCGCAGGUCUAGUAAACGUCAUAACGGGAAGUCGAGAUCAGCUGACGGCUGCUCUUGCUAAUCACAGUGUCAUCAAGGCCGUCUGGUACUGGGGCAGCGCUGAGGGCUGUCAGUACCUGCAACACACCUGCACCAGCCCUCUGAAAACCCUGCGCCUCUUCUGCCAAAAGGAGGGGAAAGACGUCGGGGAGGACUGGAGGCGCUGUCAUCCCGCUUUACUGGAGGAAAUGUGGAGAAACGCCAUCCAGUGGAAGAGCAUGUGGAUUCCUACUGCAUGAAAAAGCAAAGACAAGAUUUAAAAAAAAAAAAAAAAAAAAAAAAGGAUGAUGAGUUACAUAUACCCACUGUAGAUGUGAAAGAAACAGUCAGAAAAAAUGAAGAGUGAGACACAGAUGCUCAAUUAACUCCUAAAGCACUUAAAACAGGGACAGGUUUGAUGAAUUGAAGGUCACAUGUUCACAACGAUGCUAAAAUAUAAGUGGAUUUGAACAUGUAACUACUCGCUGUGGUUAAAACAGUCGAGGCAGGUUUUUCCUUUUGCAUUUCCAGAAUAGGAAGUGAAAUAAAAACCCAGGUGCCACAUUUAGAUGUUGACAUGCAGUAAAAGAAAAUACUUACUUAAAUGCAAUUUUUAUAUUUUACAGAGAAUCACUAAGAAGUACGGUUUGAUUACGUUUCUUCUUUUUCAUGCAUCAUGUAUUUUUUUUUUUCCAGUCUGCAGUUCUAACCCUUAUCUGCCUUAGAGUCUGCGACCUAGCAAAAAAAUUACCCUGUCUCAGCCGUGUGUCUUUAUUACUGUACAAUGUUACGAGGUUUAAACAUUCCCAGUCAAGAUAAACUGUGAGUUUCUGGUGAAGGAUAUUGUGGACCUCGUCGUCUGAAAGCCAUAAUUAAAAGAUGAUUUUUAUGAAUUCA